GACUACCUGUUUAUGUUCUCCUAGAUAGAGCCGCCCGCGACCCAACAGAAGAGAAAAUAAAAUAUCUACCACAUUGUUUCCUGAGACGCGGUGGAGGAGGAGAGAAUAGAUUUCUUCUCUUUCUCCCACAUUUCAAUCCUACUCAACUCAAACACCAGGUGUCGUCCAUUGUUGGUGUGUCAUUUUCGUCUCAACCAGGCCAGACAAACUUUCCCUUCUUUUCUCCGUUUUUUGGUAUGCUCACUCAUCUCCAGCUAUACACUCUUCCCUCCCGGCCAGUCGACUCUUCAUUAUUGUUAUUGCGCCUUCAUUUAUACUUGUCUGCUUCUCCUUCCUUCUUCACUCUCACGCCAGCCGGAGGAAGGGGAAAGCGACAGCCUAUCUGGCCUCCAUUGCUCUCCCCUGCUUCCGAUCACUCCCUUUCGGCCCUCACAACCCUUUUUCUCCCUUCACGUCGAGCUUCCGGUUUUGGGUCCUCGCCGUAAGUUCCACUUUUUGUUUGGCCUAUCUGUUGUAGUGUUUUUGCGAUGAAAAGGAGGCUGGAUGUCCCCGCUUCGCUCUUGUUUCCUGAAAGUAAAUGGGUGUUGUUAUGGUGUCUUGGGUAGCCGAUAAGUUGUUCCCGUGUGGGAUUAUCUUAUUUUCUCUGGAUUGUAUCUUUCCGCGUUUUACCAAUGACCAAUUCUUGUGUUGAAAGAUUAUGAUGUGAAAUCGAUGAGCCAUUGGUUGAGUAGAUGGGUGGAAUUUACUAUGCGACUUUGUUCGGGCUACUGAGGAAACACGAGGAGAGCAAUCUGGCUUUGUGUGUACCUUUAAAACCUCUGACAUGUGCAUGCUGAACUGCUGAUAGAUAAAAUAAGAAAAUUUUCACAUGUAGCGGUGUUUGUCGCUCUAGGUUUCCUGUAUAGUAAGUGGUGACAGUUUUUUUUGUAGAAGAGGAGACUGAUCUAUGCUCUCUCUCCCCUACUCUUCUGCAGAUCUUUUACCAGAAGAACAUUAUUCUCCGUGUCCUCUGUUGUAACUCGGCAUGCUUGUGUUUUGGUGAGCCUCAGUCCAUUGGGCACAUCAGGGCAACCAAGAGUAGGUUUCGAUGGAAUCCGAGGAUGAAAGUGGGGUAAAUCCCAUGAAGAAUGUUGCUGGGGUCUGCCAGAUUUGUGGCGACAAUAUUGGCAAGACUGUGAGUGGUGAUCCAUUUGUUGCCUGUGAUGUUUGUGGACUUCCGGUGUGUAGACUAUGCUACGAGUAUGAGAGGAAUCACGGGACUAAGGCUUGCCCUCAAUGCAAAACUAGAUACAAGAGACACAGAGGUAGUCCUGCCAUUGCUGGUGACAGAGAUGAGUACGCCGACGAUGCUGAUGAAAGUGCUAGUGACAUCAACUACUCUUCUGAAAAGCAGAACCAGAAACAGAAGAUGUCAGAGCACAUGCUGAGCUGGCGCAUUGGACGGGGAGAGGAUGCCGGGUCACCGAGUUAUGAUAAAGAAGCUCCUGCCACCCGUGUUCCUCUGUUAACCCGUGGGCAGGAGGUGUCUGGUGAAUUUUCUGCUGCAUCACCUGAGCAUGCGUCUAUGGCAUCGCCUGGACAUGGUAAUGGAAAGCACAUCCAUACUCUGUCUUAUGCAGCAGAUGUCAAUCAAUCACCUAAUAUCAGGAGUGCUGAGCAGUCCAGGGAGUUCCCUUCCCCAGGAUUGGGCAACGUAGCAUGGAAAGAGCGAGUUGAUGGCUGGAAGAUGAAGCAGGAAAAGACUGUUGUUCCUAUGAGCAGUAGCCAAGCUCCUUCAGAAAGAGGUGUUGGAGAUAUCGAUGCUAGCACGGAUAUUAUGGUGGAUGAGUCUCUGCUCAACGAUGAAGCCCGCCAACCUUUGUCAAGGAAGGUUUCCAUUUCAUCUUCUAAGAUUAACCCAUACAGGAUGGUCAUAGUUUUGCGGCUUAUCAUCCUCUGUAUUUUCCUGCACUACCGAAUUACAAAUCCGGUGAAGAAUGCCUUUCCUCUGUGGCUAGUGUCAGUAAUAUGUGAGAUCUGGUUUGCAAUAUCUUGGAUAUUGGAUCAGUUCCCUAAAUGGACACCUGUAAACCGUGAAACAUACCUUGACAGGCUGGCUCUUAGAUACGACCGUGAAGGAGAGCCAUCACAGUUAGCUGCUGUUGAUAUCUUUGUCAGUACUGUGGACCCCCUGAAGGAGCCUCCUCUUGUCACUGCCAAUACUGUGUUAUCCAUUCUUUCUGUUGACUACCCAGUUGACAAGGUUUCUUGCUAUGUGUCCGAUGAUGGUGCUGCGAUGCUGACAUUUGAAGCUUUAUCGGAGACUGCAGAAUUUGCAAGGAAAUGGGUACCUUUCAGCAAGAAAUACAGCAUUGAGCCACGAGCUCCAGAGUGGUACUUUGCACAGAAGAUUGAUUACUUGAAGGAUAAAGUUCAUCCUUCAUUUGUCAAGGAUCGCAGAGCAAUGAAGAGAGAAUAUGAAGAGUUUAAAGUCCGCAUCAACGGACUGGUGGCCAAGGCAACAAAAGUUCCUGAAGAAGGAUGGAUUAUGCAAGAUGGUACCCCGUGGCCUGGAAAUAACACCAGAGACCAUCCUGGAAUGAUCCAGGUUUUCUUAGGUCAAAGUGGAGGUCUUGAUACUGAGGGUAAUGAGUUGCCUAGAUUAGUUUAUGUUUCUCGUGAAAAGCGUCCUGCCUCUUCACACCACAAGAAAGCUGGUGCCAUGAAUGCUCUUGUUCGUGUAUCAGCUGUGCUGACAAACGGGCCUUUCUUGCUGAAUCUUGAUUGUGAUCAUUACAUAAACAACAGCAAGGCUUUAAGAGAAGCUAUGUGCUUCCUGAUGGAUCCCAACCUCGGGAAACAUGUCUGUUAUGUUCAGUUUCCUCAGAGGUUCGAUGGGAUUGAUAAGAGUGAUCGAUAUGCUAACCGAAAUACAGUUUUCUUUGACAUGAACUUGAGGGGUUUAGAUGGCAUUCAAGGUCCCGUAUAUGUUGGAACAGGAUGUGUUUUCAACAGAACCGCCUUGUAUGGUUAUGAACCUCCUCUGAAGCCCAAGCGCAAAAAGGAAGGUUUUCUGUCUCUACUUUGUGGUGGACCUCGAAAGAAGGGUUCGAAGUCAAGUAAAAAGGGUGCAGGCAAGAAAAAAUCAAGUAAGGAUGUGGAUCCUACUGUACCAGUUUUCAGCCUGGAAGACAUUGAAGAGGGUGUUGAAGGUGCUGGAUUCGAUGACGAGAAGUCAUUGCUCAUGUCACAAAUGAGCCUCGAAAAGAGGUUCGGCCAGUCUGCUGUUUUUGUUGCCUCUACACUGAUGGAGAAUGGUGGUGUUCCUCAGUCUGCAACUCCUGAAACACUACUCAAGGAAGCCAUCCAUGUCAUUAGCUGUGGCUAUGAGGACAAGUCGGACUGGGGGAGUGAGAUUGGUUGGAUCUAUGGCUCUGUGACGGAAGAUAUCCUUACCGGGUUCAAGAUGCAUGCCCGUGGGUGGCGAUCAAUCUAUUGCAUGCCUCACCGCCCAGCAUUCAAAGGGUCUGCACCGAUCAAUCUGUCGGAUCGUCUGAACCAAGUGCUUCGAUGGGCCUUAGGAUCGGUGGAGAUCCUGUUCAGCAGGCAUUGUCCCAUAUGGUAUGGGUACGGUGGAAGGCUGAAAGCGCUGGAGAGGCUCGCAUACGUGAACACCACGAUCUAUCCCAUCACAGCAAUACCUCUUCUCAUGUACUGUACGCUGCCAGCGGUGUGCCUCUUCACAAACAAGUUCAUCAUCCCUCAGAUCAGCAACAUCGCGAGCAUAUGGUUCAUAUCUCUCUUCCUGUCCAUCUUUGCCACGGGGAUCCUGGAAAUGAGGUGGAGCGGGGUCGGGAUCGACGAGUGGUGGAGGAACGAGCAGUUCUGGGUCAUCGGGGGAGUCUCGUCCCAUCUGUUUGCCGUGUUCCAGGGCCUCCUCAAGGUCCUCGCCAAGAUCGACACCAACUUCACCGUGACAUCCAAGGCAUCGGACGAGGAUGGCGAUUUCGCGGAGCUCUACGUCUUCAAAUGGACGACUCUCCUCAUCCCGCCGACCACGCUCCUCGUCAUCAACUUGGUGGGAGUGGUGGCAGGGGUCUCGUACGCCAUCAACAGCGGUUACCAGUCGUGGGGGCCACUGUUCGGGAAGCUCUUCUUCGCAUUCUGGGUCAUCAUCCAUCUCUAUCCUUUCCUGAAAGGACUGAUGGGCCGCCAGAAUCGGACUCCAACCAUCGUGGUGGUGUGGUCCAUUCUGCUGGCUUCCAUUUUCUCUCUUCUGUGGGUGAGGAUCGAUCCCUUUACCACCAGGGUUACUGGCCCUGAUGUUCAUCAGUGUGGGAUCAAUUGUUAAGCGAGGCAGAAAAUGAUAGGAGCCAAAGGCUGCGUUGGCUUUUGUUAAUUAGGUAUAUUAUAUAUGCGUAGUGGUAUAAUAUGUGUGUGUGAAAAUGUGAUAUGUAUUGCAGCGAGGACACUGAUCAAGUGUAUGCCAGGAGGGUUCUCCAUUGUGUAAUAUAAUACUAAUACUAGAUAAAUAGCCUGAGCUAUCCAGAUUCCAGUGGUAUCCCAAUAUGGUAAAUGAAAGCUCAUUUUCAUAUGCUCCCCCCAACCAAAUCCAAACUCUCUGUAACGGCUAGCUAUCUUCCAACUUGGACCAGAAUCCCAACUUGACUUGGCUGAUAAAAGCACUUCUCUAGUUCUCUAUACAAUCAAUGGUUUUUAGGAACACUCACAAUACACCCAGCAGAAUUCUUAUCUGAGGAAGAAAUGGGGUUAAACACCCAAACUUUCAAGAACUAAGCAAAUGAUAGGCUAGCACAGAAAGUUAUAAACACAAUUGACAAAAUGACAUCUCAUAUCAAUAUAGUACCUAAAAUCCCAUAGGAGAUGCAAUCAAUGGACAGGAUGCCCCAACAAAUUUAAAUACAAUUAACUAAGACUACUCCAACCCAUAAAGGGGAAUUUAGCUCCCCAAAUGGCCAAAUAUGGCUUUUUAGCUCCCCAAACCCACUUUUCACUCCAACCCUAUAAAAAGCUAAAUUUAGC